CGCGCAAUCGCCUCGCUGCUGGGAAGAAGAGAGAGAGAGAGAGCAACGCUUCAUAAGACGCACCAUAUUAUCAAACAAGUAUGCAAGGCGACACACCCGUGGCAAGUCCGAGCGCAAGCGAAGUCGUGUUGUCUGGUGACGCGUUGGCAGGUAUUGAGGACAUGGGCGUCGUGGACAAGUGUAGUAACAGUGGCAGUUCACCGCCCAUCGAGGCCAGCGCCGUGAGCGACACCACCAUAAGCAGCAGCGACCGCUUUAGUUCCUGUUCCAGCUCGGACUCGAGCUCCGACGCCCUGGACGACGACUACGGCGCACAUCUGCUAUCCUCGUCUGACGAUGAUGACUUGGAUGACGACGACGACAGCACGGAGGGGGACGAGGAGCAAGACGCACAGCCGGGCAUCGUGAACCAUUUUUUGGUCAAGCCCAUGCCUUCGAGACUACAAGUGUGUCCCCUCGACGACCUGGCGGUGGAGGAAGAGAAGCGCCGGAGACGCUCGCGUCGGAACCUUAAGAACAAAACCAACGGCAAGAACGCCCCGCUUAACGGCGCUAGUCGCGAUGCAGAGAGUCUGCCGUCGACGCCCAGUCCGAUCAUGGGGCGUACGCGUCGCAGCGGCAGCUCCCCGACACUCUGCACGCGAGAUAGCACGACACCCGUCACUCGCAAUCGCCCCAGCAGCGCUAGAGAAAGAAGACACACAUCUGCCUCACCUGACGCGGCCGUUAGACCCUCCAACGGCUCUAGACUGGCACCCACCGUCCCUUUGCUUCGAAAAGAUUCGGCGGCUAUUCGAAGACAGUACUGGAGUCAACUGGGCUUUAGUUUAUCACGCAGCGACUUGGAGAAAAGUACUGGACGCAAGAAGGAGCGUCGCGAAGGCUUGAAAGUGCGACUGAAUGACGCCGACAGUGAGCGCGAACGCGGCGCUAAGAGCUUCUUCCAGUUCAUCACGAGCUGGUAUGCGCCUAUCACAGCUGUGAGCGGCGAGGAGAAAUCUUCGCGGAAAGGCAAGGGAUCCAAACCCAGCGCAAGACAAUUGCGUUCUUCAUUAUCUCGAACUUCAGCCUCAUCCAGCAGUCUCGAUGUCUAUACACCGAAGAAAGGAGUGCGCUUUAAUGAAGAAGCCGAGCUGUUUUACAUUCCUCUGCACCGCGACUACUCCAAGCGACAGCGUGACUGUAUGUGGCCGACUCGUGCCGAGUUUGUUGCCAUGGUAGAGCGUAACUUGGAUGCCGUAUACGACGAGAUGGAGCGUGAGUAUGAGGCUCAACUGGAGAACGAGUACCUUGAGAAUGAAGGUAUGGCGCGGGAGGAAGCCAGACAACGCACUGUCGAGGCACAGCAGCGGAAAGCUGACGAGGCCCAGGCAGCAGCCGAGUCGCGUCGCAGUGUCUCGCCGCCGCUGAGUCGCAGCUCGAGCACCAUGUCGACUGUGCCGUCGCUCACGUUAUCGCAGAAGCAGGUGCUGGUGUCGCCUCGUGCUCGUUCGUCACAUGAUCUUCGCUUCAAGUAUCUUAAACAUCUCGGCAUCGACAGCUAAGCAGCAGGAUAUGUGAUUCGCGGCGAGGGAGAUUCGAUACUAAAUGGUGAGGUCUGGGGCGGUACCAGCUCGCAUGUAAGCGGUCUGAUCCAUACUGACGUCACGAUAACUUAUUUGAAUGGACUAUAUCACAUUUUUUUAUGUGUGGAAGUAACCGUUGGACUAUAAAAGUUGCAGUUUCUUACGAUUGGUUGAAAGACUAUACGUUGCGCUUCGUGAUUGGCUC